AUCCUUUUGAUCUCAAAAUUUAAAAUCUCUGAUGAAUCAACGAAAGGUUCCCGAGAUUACACGGCGCAAAUAUGCUGUUUUCUGAGAAUCAAAGCAAAGCAGGAAGGACAUUGCAUGUCAUGGAAUAAAGAUCUUUUCCCUCUCCUGCCCACCAACGAACGAACGAAGCAAAGGCGCGACUAGUUUCGCUGCAGCUUCCGAAAUCUCUCUCCGUCCUUCCGAGCUCCAGCUUCGUCAUCUCCCUGCCUUGCCGUCUCUUGUUCAGCUGUUCUUGGCGUCGUCUUCCUCUGAUCCUUCCUCGCAUGUUACAGGGCUUUCUUGGAUGAUGGGCGGCGUGUUCGGGGCGCUGUUCGGCGGCGGCCACCGGCGGGCGGUGGGGAGGCCGGCGCCGGCCACCAGGCACCAGGGCAUGGGCCGGCAGCCGUUGGCGCACGACGCUGGCGGCGGGCACCGGAGGGCGGUGCUGGCCAAGAAGUACUCCUACAUACCUGACACCUACACCUCGCUCGAGCAGGUGUCGGCGGCGCUGCGCGAGCAGGGCCUCGAGUCGUCGAACCUCAUACUCGGCAUAGACUUCACCAAGAGCAACGAAUGGACAGGAAAGCGCUCGUUCGGCGGGCAGAGCCUGCACAGGCUCGGCGACACGCCGAACCCCUACGAGCAGGCCAUCAGCAUCAUCGGCAAGACCCUGGCUCCGUUCGACGAGGACAAUCUCAUCCCCUGCUUCGGCUUCGGCGACGCAACCACCCAUGACUGCAAUGUCUUCAGCUUCCACCCCGACAACUCGCCGUGCCAUGGCUUCGAGGAGGUCCUGGCUUGCUACAGGAAGAUCGUGCCGCAUCUCAGGCUAUCUGGGCCGACGUCGUUUGCGCCGAUCGUGGAGGCGGCCGUCGACAUCGUGGACAGGAGUGGAGGGCAGUACCAUGUUCUUGUCAUAGUUGCAGAUGGCCAGGUGACUAGAAGUGUUGAAACAAGUGACGGUGAUCUGAGCCCACAGGAGAGGAGAACAGUGGACUCCAUUGUCAUGGCAAGCUCCUACCCAUUGUCCAUCGUGCUGGUUGGGGUCGGGGACGGCCCCUGGGAGGACAUGCAGAAGUUCGACGACAAGCUCCCGGCGCGCGACUUCGACAACUUCCAGUUCGUGAACUUCACGUCGAUCAUGGCGAGGGACACGAUGGCGCAGCAGAAGGAGUCGGCGUUCGCGCUCGCGGCGCUCAUGGAGGUCCCCAUCCAGUACAAGGCCACCGUGGAGCUCGGCAUCCUUGGUCGGUCGACGGGGACGGCCAAGAGAGUUGCGCCCGCGCCGCCGCCGCUGCCGCCGCAGCAGAGGCAACCGUCGUUGAGGAGGAGAGCCAGCAACGUUAACGAGGCAGCGGCGCAGCCUGCAGCGCCAAGAGAUGAUCAGGUGUGCCCAAUCUGCCUCACCAAUACCAAGGAUCUAGCAUUUGGCUGUGGCCAUAUGUGCUGCAGGGAAUGUGGGGAGAACCUCACAAAAUGCCCGAUAUGUCGACAAUCGAUAAGGUCGAGGCUGAGGCUAUACUCGGGAUGAAAAGCCAAAACCUAUCUUUACCAUGUACAUAAUGUCAAAUGUGUAAGAACUAAGGUGAGGUCAGUCGGUGAGAGGUGUGGGUGUAGAUCUCAACCAGCCCAGUUCAAGUUCUCUUCACCUCGAAUUUGGACGAAUUAAUAUCUCAAUUGUAAGCAAGCUCUCAGUUUGAGUGGUUCUAAUUGCUUGAUUAUUGUCAUGUUACUUUGUAAUAAGUACUAGCAAGGUUCAUAAGGCUCCCUUGGGUGUGUAAUCAAUUGUAUUGCUGCAAGCAAAAAUACAGAAGAUACACGAGAAAAAGUUGCUUGUAUUGUGA